UGUACCUAUACCAUAAAUGCCAUAUAUUUCAAGAGAGCAUCUUGCUUUAUUAAUAUUCAUUAUGAAUUCCUUAAGAAAUGUUAACAAUAUAGGGGCAGAUCCUUUUAGUGAAGCUGAUGACAUGGUCAAGUGAUUCUGGAGUGGUCAAGAAUAUUCCAGUGCUGAUCCUUUGAUUCCUCUGUCUUCAUUUCUUUUCCUUGCAUCCUUCCCUCACAUCCUAAGGGGGUGGAGAUUAGACAAGAGGUAAGGCAAGGAAAGAAAAAAAAGGAGGAUCCACAAACAAAGAAAUGAAACCCAGUUUUUCUUUACAGUGACAUUGCCAUCUACUGGUCUGUCAGCAUAACAUCAUGUUUUAGUUUAGUUUUCAUGGAUCUGUGUUAGCAGGGAUUGUUUUGACAAUGUUGUCAUCUGUAUGGAAAACUUAAAAAAGAAAAUGCAAAGAAAAAAUGUUUGCUUGCUGUUGUGUUGAAAGCACCCAAAUUUCCUUUUUUUUCCCAAAUGUCCCAAUUGAUUUUCAUCACUUUUAAUGUUUUCAUUUUAGGCCUGAUGAAAGUGAAAGAGGAAAGACAAGAUCUGAAUGAAGUGGAAGAGAAGCAUCAGCAUCAGAAAGCUCAUGAUGCCAACACUGGAGAGAAAUCAUAAGCAGAGAUAUCUGGAAGAGUAACAACUGAACUGAGAUCUGCUGCUGUGGAGAUGGAGUUUGUUAAAGAAGAGAUUGAAGAGAACACGAGUGAACCAGAAACCUGGAGAAUAAAACACGAGGAACCAGAAACCUGGAGAAUAAAACACGAGGAACCAGAAACAUGGAAAAUAAACCAUGAGGAACCAGAAACCUUCGGAAUAAAACAAGAGGAACCAGAAACCUGGAAAAUAAACCACGAGGAACCAGAACCAGAAACCUGGAAAAUAAAACACAAGGAACCAGAAACCUGGAAAAUAAACCACGAGGAACCAGAAACCUGCGGAAUAAAACACGAGGACCAAGGUCUGAGGAAAGUGAAAGAGGAAAGACAAGAUCUGAAUGAAGUGGAGGAGAAGCAUCAGGAUCAGAAAGAUCAUGAUUUCAACACUGGAGAAAAAUCAGUGAGUUUCUCUAAAACUGAAAAUGGCAACAUUCAGAUAACCGAGGUCAAAAAGCCUUUCAGCUGCUCUCAGUGUGGAAAGGCGUUCAAACUGAAAAGUAGUCUUAUGUACCACAUGUUAGUUCAUGCUGGAAUAAAACCUUUCACCUGUUCCGAGUGUGGAAAAAGUUUCACGCAGAGAAAACGACUCACUGUGCAUGUGCGUAUUCACUCUUCUGAAAAGCCUUUCAGCUGCUCUCAGUGUGGAAAGACGUUCAAACUGAAAAGUAGUCUUAUGUACCACAUGUUAGUUCAUGCUGGAAUAAAACCAUUCACCUGCUCUGAGUGUGGAAGGAGUUUCACACAGAAAAAACGACUCAAUGAGCAUGUGCGUAUUCACUCUUCUGAAAAACCUUUCACCUGUUCUGAGUGUGGAAGGAGUUUCACUCUAAAAAAACAACUCAAUUUGCAUGUGCGUAUUCACUCUUCUGAAAAACCUUUCAGCUGCUCUCAGUGUGGAAACACUUUCAAACUGAAGAGAAGCCUUAAGUACCACAUGUUAGUUCAUGCUGGAAUAAAACCAUUCACCUGCUCUGAGUGUGGAAAAAGUUUCACGCAGAGAAAACGACUCAAUGUGCAUGUGCGUAUUCACUCUUCUGAAAAGCCUUUCAGCUGCUCUCAGUGUGGAACGAGUUUCACACGUAAAGCAAGCCUUAAUGAUCACAUGAUAAUGCAUACUGGGAAAAAUCCUUUCAACUGCUCUCAGUGUGGAAAGACUUUCAAACAGAAGAGAAACCUUAUGCACCACAAGUUAAUUCAUGCUGGAAAAAAGCCUUUCUGCUGCUCUCAGUGUGGAAAGAGUUUUACACACAAAAAACAUCUCAAUGAGCAUGUGCGUAUUCACUCUUCAGAAAAGCCUUUCACCUGCUCUCAGUGUGAAAAGAGUUUCACACGUAAAGCAAGCCUUAAGAAUCACAUGUUAAUUCAUGCUGGAAUAAAGUCUUUCAGCUGCUCUCAGUGCGGAAAGAGUUUUACACAGAAAGGUAGCCUGAAGAAUCACAUGUUCAUUCACAGUGGAAUAAAGCCUUUUGUCUGCUCACAGUGUGGAAAGAGUUUCAUUCAGAAAGUUCAACUCAAGAUUCAUUUGAUAACUCACUCUUCGGAAAAGUCUUUCACCUGAUCUCAGAGUGGAAACCAUUUCAGUCGUAAAGAAUGCCUUAAGAUUCACAUUAAUCCAUAAUGGGGAAAAGCCUUUUACUUGCUCUCAGUGUGGAAUCAGUUUUUCCUAUAAGCAAGGAUUUAAUAUUCACAUGAGAAUUCCAAGUGAAGCAAAGUCGUCUGUGUGAGAAGAUUUGGGAAGCUGGUGUCAGAACUCAUCUUCAUCGCUUUCACUGUGCCCUGAGGAAAUUGAACUGAUCUGGAAGGAGAUUUCUAAGGGUUGACUCUAAUGCUGGGCGGUAUACUGUUUCACACCGAAUACUGGUGUUUAUUUUUCGUAUGAAAUCAACUUUUAAAAUACCGCAAUACCUUUGUCGUCUAAACAACGUUCGGAACGCGACACUAUUUGAGAGCCGUCACUUCACACAAGCAUGACUUCAGAACUAUAUUUAGCAACUUUCAGACCCAACUUUUUCAACUUUCAGAUUAAUUUGAUUCUGGCUUCAUUUUUAGACCUCAGUUGCAAGGUGGAGGAUUUUCAAUCUAUUCUGUCAUUAUUCAUUUUUGUUUUGCCAAUUUUAUCCUUCAUAACUGUGUUUUUCAUGAGAUGUCACAUAAUCAUUGGAACAUAUUCAUUUGUUUUGGGGGCA